UCUCUGGUCCGAGUAAGUGUCCCCUUCGGCGCCGGCUAUGUACUCUAUGUGAUUUCCCCCGUCGCCGGCGUCUAUGACUUGGGGGGGCUUUACCCCACGUUUUGAUCCGAACGGAAGGUAUUCAUCGUUGUGCCGGCAAUAAGUGGCUCAGUAGUGUAUCGUUCAUUUUGAAUGUGUGUGUUUUGCGUUCAUAUUCCUACGCGCGCUCCAACACUACGAAAAUGCCGGUAAACUUUUUGUCUGGUGCGCGCCCAUUGCAAAUUAAUCUUUUGUUCGCCUUACACUGAUUUCUUGGCAAAUCAUUUUUAGUUGUUGACGAUUUUGUUUUUUUUUUUAAUUGGUCAAAACAAUUUUACCACAAAAUAAUUAACAUUAGGUUUUUUUAGACAGCCAGUGUAAUUAUGAAAAAGUUACAAUUGUUUGUGGCAAAUUUGUUUGUACUUAAAAUCAUAACUGUAGCGACUGGAGCAUCAAGUACAGUACAGUCACCCAACAGUAAAUCUUUGACACAUGAAUCUGCCACUACUAACGGUUCAAAAGACAGUCGGGCUAUUAUAUCUCCACGAAUGGAUUUCGACGAGUGGACUCCAUUAGGACGCGGUGAUCCUCUUAAAAACGAUCCAACGUUUGAUUAUUUACCUCCAGUCCUCGAUAAAGUUCAUUAUUGGAAGCCACCUCCACCUUCCUCUAUUAACCAACGUUUAUACUCUACAACUGCAUCUAUACCAUCAUUACAAGCUGUAAACUACAACAGACGUUUCUUUUUGACGGACUUUUCAAACAAAGAAUCUUCUCAAACAGCUCCUUCUUAUGUGCAAUAUGUACCAAAAAGACCACAAGUUGUAAUGAGCGGAUAUCAUUAUCCGAUUCCUCGAACGCCUUUGCCGAUGCUCACACCUCCACCGUAUUCACAGCCAUCUUCACAUUCAUCUAUUAUAACGACGGUUAAAUCUGUAGAUAUGACGGACAUAGGAAAUGUAUUAGCCGAGAGCAAACAUCCACCAAUAAUUCGAACACCUCCACCGGCAAUGACUAGUGUUAAGCCUUUUAUUUCGACUACAGCCAUUAAAGUACUCUUGGAAAAAGAAGUCGAUAGAACAACAGUAACGAUCGGCACACCUCCAUUAGUCAUUUCAACAACCAGCAACACUACUCCAAAAGUACCACCUACUUCAAAUCCGAUAUUUCCAAAUAACAAACAUUCAUUCCCGAGCGCACGUCCCAUGUACUUGAUCAUACAGGGUCAUUCCAAAGUUAAAACCUAUGGGCUUGCUAAUAAACCCGAUGACGCAUUAAACGCUAAUCAAUUUACCACUACUGAUUAUGAUCACAACCACAUCAGUAACCAUCCUGUAGACGAGUCAAAUAGGAGAGACCGUAACGACUAAUUUUGUUUUCUUAAUACAAAAGCGCUAUAUUAUCUUCCACAAACUUUUAGAUAAUUAUGUAUUUAUUUGUAUAAAAUAUCUAUGAUUUAAGAUAUCAUAUUAGUAUAUUUUAUUUUACCGUGACUUGCAAUGAAUAAUUUAAUUUAUGUGAGAUUAUUGGCUAAGUAAUCGUAAGUCAAAUGAUAAUUUUUUCUCAAUAUUUGUAAUUUAUUACAUCCGUAUAUAAUAUUUAUAAUUUAAAAUAGUAACAUAGUUUUAAUAAAAUAAUAACUUAAUUAAAAUAUUUAUUUUUAUCAUAUUUGCACAGAAAUUAAAAUACUUUAUAAACCCUAAACAAAAGGUUUUAAUA